UAUUCCGCUACACACGCUGUACAGGCUGGUUGCAAGAAUCUUUUCGUUCGUCAAAACAAAUGGCGAAAAAAUGGUGGAUUUCAGAUGUCUUCCAGCAUAGUCACUAUGUUUCCAGCCAGUUUACAGUCCCAUAAAAGAGAGAUUAUCACCUCUGAAGUUUCUAAAUAGUUCUUACAGUCAGCCAUGGAAGAAAUUAAGAAAGAAAUGGAAAAUGCUAUCUCAGUGAAUAAUGCUGAAGAACUUCAGAGGAUAAUUAAUAAGGUUUGCAAUGAAAAGUCUUCAACAAGCACAGAAGAAGUAAAAGAAGUCCUUGGUGAAUCCCUUUACCAUGCUGCAAUUUUGGGUCGCUACGAGAUAGUUAAAGAUUUAAUAAAAUAUGGAGCUGAUGUCAAUUAUGAAGACCCUUUGAAACAAUCUGUGCUUUUUAAAACUGUCAUGUCUGCAAAAUCAGAAGAAAGCGAUAAAAUAUUAAAAUUUCUUCUUAAAAAGGGUUCAAAAAUUAACCACAAAGGUAUCAACGGCCAGUCAGACUUCAUGUUUCUUAUGGCAAGCAAUCGCUUAAGCUAUCUUCUUCUCGCGAGCUUUAUAGAUUCAGUUUGCGAAAUUAAURAAAGGUACCUCCGAACAGGGGGAAGUUAUCUCCACCUGGUAUUGAACCGUCCUGAUGAUCAAAACAAAAUUUUGAUAAUGAAACAAUUGUUGGAAAAGGGAUUGGAAGUAAACGGGACAGACAACAACGAUGACACUCCAUUACACCUAAUGGCAGCUAUUGCGGAUUGCGACUCGAUGAGAUAUUUGGUAAAUAAUGGAGCAAAUAUUCACGCCAGGAAUAGGUUAGGAGAAACUGUUUUGCACACKUUGGCAAGUAGUAACGAAUUUGAAGGAUUUCAAGAUUCACUAAACUUCCUUAUGGAAAUGGGAAUCGACAUAAAUGAAACAGAUUCAAACGGGAAAACUGCAAUACAUCAUGCUCUAAUGUCAAAAGACACAGAUGAAAAGGCAAUUGAAGAAUUUCUUAAACGUGGCAUUAAAAUAAAUGUGAAAGAUCUGUGUGGAAGAAAUGAGCUGUACGAUGCUGUUGAGGAAGUGGAUGAGUAUUCACCGUCAGAUGUAGAACGUCGAUCUGCCGUUAUUAGACUUCUGACAAACGCUGGUGUCAAUGUAAAUGAAGGUGACAUGUAUGGUAUUACCCCUUUGCAUCUUGCUACAACGAGAGAGGAUCUUGAAAUCCUGGUCACAUUACUCGAUGCUGGUGCAGAUGUCAUGAAAAAGUCUAAGUCGGGAGCAACUGCCCUUCACUGGAGCUGCAAAAUAUACAACAUGGCACAUGUCAUUAUACAUUGUUAUAGAAACGAAGGCUAUGACAUUAACGUUGUUGACAAGUAUGGUUCGACAGCUUUACAUUGGGCAGUAUGGUUUCGAAAUAAUUCUGUCUCUCAAAGCUUAUUGCAAGUCGGAUCUGAUUACACCAUUAGAGAUGACUCUGGAAACACCCCUGUCGAUCUGGCCAAGAAAUUGCGCUUUUUUGAAUUUUUGGAUUUGGUAGCGGACGACAAGUACAAAAAUUUAGAGGGUUUGACUUUGCAAGAGCCCUUCAUCAGGUGUGAUGACAGUGAUCCCUUGCAUGCAUGUCCUUUAUUACAUUAUAUACGAAAAGAAAAAGGAAAUCUCUGUGUUGACGAGUACCUUGAGCAUCUCAAACAGCAUGAUGCAUCAUUGGUAAAAUGCAUCAAGGCAUCGUUGGAUAUAGAAAAUAUGGGCUUGUUUUACGACAUAGAAGAAAACAGAUCUGUUCCGGAAAUUAUCGAGAACGUAAUGCAGUGUCUGAAUAAACGAGUUGAACAGCGUAAUCCGUUGUUUCGCUGUGAACUAAAACUCUCAGGUAGUGUGUACGAAAAAACGAAAGUUAGUCUUCCCAAUGAGUUUGACUACCUGUGGAUUUUCAUAGAAUUCUGUAAAACUUUCUCACCAGUUGAGUCGCCAGCUUUUCCCGAAAGUUUCGUCAAAUUGAAGUUAACAAGUGCAGUUGAUGAACCUCGUUUCAGAAGGUAUCUGACCACGGGAAACUUACUCGACAGUCGUUUGCUAAUCCGCGACUUCCAUAGUACAGUCAAUGAAGAGCUCAUGUGCUUAUUGAGAGAUGAAAAUUAUGGGCAAUUUUCUAACAUUGUUUGCCUGAAGCUUUUGAAUGAAAUCUUUUGCUCGAAUUCCAGCCUUAGCUUUCAGUUUUUUGGAAAAGAAGCGAAAUGGUUUCCAAUAUCAAUAGAUGUAGUUCCAACAAUUUGGUUUGAAGACUGGAAGCCACGAGAGUUUAAAGCCUCAGACUUGGGAGCACCUGCCAUAGCUGGACAGCAUCCCUUUUCUUUUUGUGUGAUAAUGAAAACACCAGACCGAUGCCAUGUUGAAGAAUUCUCUUUAUUCUUUCGUAUUUCAUAUGCAUAUCUCGAACAAUGCAUGAUGAGAGAAGUCCCCAAAUUCAUGAAAAAGGGAUACAUCCUGUUGAAAAUUCUGGGGGAGUCAGGCUAUCUGCCUAAAGUUGUGGAUCACGACAAUAAUACAACACUCAAGCAGUAUCUAACAAGUUAUCAACUUAAGACCUGCUUUUUGCACGAGGUUGGUUCAUGGAGACAGGGUACAGAUGGCGAGGAGGGCCUGAAGGAGUCAACAGACUCUGAAAAAAACAAGAGCAUCGCGCUUUCUUGGGCCAGGAGAAUAGUUGACCGUUAUGAGAAAAGUGUCAAAGAAAGAUUUUUGGCAACUUUUUUUGAACCGAAAAGAAAUUUGCUGGGCCUGCAGGGAAAAGAAGAUGUUAUGAUUGAAAGUGACAUCUUCCUAGGAAUGGUGAAAUUACUAAAGUACUUAAUACACGUUGUUGACGGAAUUGUUGACGGAUCCGGCUAAAAUGCAAAYGGUGGCCUAGCAUCGAAAUUGAAUUCAAUUGAUACUAAUUUAAUCGUUAUAGCGGAACCUAACAAUGAUGGAUCCUCUUGAACAGCAUGCCAAACAAAGUUGUGUUUUCAAAAGCGAACUACUUAUACAAGUAGUCGUGCAGUCCAAAAUUAUUUUAAAACGUACUAGUGUUUGCACUGAAAUUUAGUUUCCACAAGUAUUAACUCGAUUGUCGGAUUUAUAAAGAGCUGUUUCAUAGUAAUAUUAGCUCWUUCAUAUACACUAACUCAGUUUUGUGUGUAAUGACGUACUAUCAGAGAUCAUUCUAUAGAGGUUGGUUUUCUCUACUCGACGAGCUAAAUUGGCCAUCAGUGAAAAAGCGAAGUCGGACACAGAGUACUUUCACUCCUUUACCAGAUUCAGUAUAAUUUAGUUAUCUUGCCGUUGUUUUUGUGUAUGUCUCUUAAUAAUAUCCUAUGAUUUUCAAAUCACUGGUGAGAUUUGCUAUCUGAUUGGCUAGCAGCAUUGCGAUUCAUUUAGAACCGAUUUACUCUUCAUCCAACCCAAUAACUGAACAACAUGAACAUUAACAGAACACGGCGCGAACACAGUCAGCGCCAAGGUCACGGCACUACCUAAAUAUGCCAGACCAAUCACAUUGAGCGAGAAAAAACAGCUAAUCGUGGCAAGGCGAACGCGAAAACUGCAAAAAUUUAUAGCACAUUUAUAUCGUUUUUCACAAGACCGUUAUGACAUACUAAUAAGGACCGUAUCCGGGGGGGGGGGGAAUAGAACCGGUUUUGGAUAGGGAUGUGCCGCAAAAGGCAAAAGGUAUAAAAAACCCUAACCCUGUUUAAGACACUUCAGAGUGAAAAACCCAUACCCUAUACAAGACAUACAAAAAUUUUUAUACCCUAUAUAAGGCACGCAUCUCACCAUAGUUAAAGUGUUAUGGGAGUUUAAUAACAAAGCCUUCAAGGAUCUGACUUCACUCUCUACCACUGAUAAAAAGAGACAACUCAAGGACAUCCCGUUCAAGUUCCACUUCACAGGUUCAAAUUGCACUUGAAACAGGAACUUUGCAAGACUCGGCUUCAAAACUAUUUAACRACCUUCCAAAGGAACUAAAGCUUGCAGCUAACUUCAAGUCCUUCAUGACUAAAGCAAAACAGUUAUUGAAAAAGAACCCUCGUAAUAGAAUACAACAGAUUCUUUAAAAUAUACUAUAUCGAUUAUAAUCCACCAAUUUUAACAGUGAGUGUGUGUAUUGCGUAUACAUGAGUGUUAAGGGAGUAUUUAGCUGGGCAUGGGAUAUCUUAUAGCUGGGCAUCGAAGUAUAACUAGGUUUAUUAAUUAUUGUUCCUUGUGGUCGCUCAACAAACAAAAAAAUGUGGGACCGAUCUAUGGAAUCAUCUAACACCACAGGGAUUCCGAUUGAUUUCAAAACAAAAUUCGCAAAUGCACAGAAAUAAUUAGGACAAAUUUAAGGAAACAUCUUUAUAUAGUCAAAGACGGAUCCCAACAAGAGAAAUACAAAAUUAGUACGAAAGUUCAUCCCGACCGGGAGGGCCUACUGAAAUUGAACAACAAUAGCUUUGGAAGUUUUCUCAGUAAAGCAUCCCGGUCGGGUUGAAAUUUUGUACUCAUUAAUCCCCUAAUCUUGUACCCAGAGCAAACGUUCCUAUUGGUCUUUCUUGUUACUGAACAAGAGGAUAAACACAAAUGUAAAUAAAACACAUAUCCUCAGAUCUAAUGUUCAGUUCAUCAUUUUUAGAUAUAAAUAUUGUAUAUAUCAAUAAUUUUAACCAUGUAAA